CUCCUCCUUUUCAAGCCAUCAUGGUGAACAGAUAACCGCCCAGCUGAGACCAUGGGUACCUGCCUCUGCAAAGGUCACAAAGAGCUCCACCUUCCCAUGACAGCACUGCAGGAACAGGCUGAAGAGGAUCAGCCGUCCACGGUCAAGGAUGGACAGACCCCCUCCAACGGCAAUGUGGCAGAUAAAACCAACCGCUACGACAUUGGCGAGCUGGCCACCUCCUCUUUGAUUGGUCUGGUGGCCACGAUAAAAGAGCAUAUCACCCAGCCGACAGCGAUGGCCCAAGGGCGCGUUGCUCACCUGAUUGAGUGGAAGGGCUGGGGAGGAGGUGGCGAGGCCAGAGGAGGUGGGGGCAGUUGGAGCAGGGCCCGGGGUAAAGGAGGUGGAGGAUGGGGGGGGAUGGGGGCCGAGCUGCAGGAGGAUGAACAAUUUUACUCCCAAAUGACGGAUGAGAUCAAGGAAGCUCGCUUCGCUGCAGGAGUAGCAGAGCAGUUUGCCUUGGCUGAGGCAGCCAUGAAUGUGUGGUCCAUGAACGACAGCUUGGAGCAGCCUUCCACCAGCUUGCAAGCACAAAGCCACUUCCUGUCUCAGUUCCUGUUAGACGGUGGAAGCGUUGGAGUUCCCCAGCACCUGUACAGCAUCCAUGCCCAGACUUAUGGUGACAGCAGAGUGCCCAGCCUGGUCCCCCCACCACCAGUGGACUCCAUUUCCCAGAUGUCCAACACUCAGCUGCAAAGAGAUCGUCCUUUUGAGGGUAGAAGCGCUGUGACUGCAGAGGCUGCUGUCCGACACGUAGACAGCAGCUCUCUAUCUGAGGAUGAUGUUUUUUAUAACUAG